AUGCCUAUCAUGCCGAAACGCCGCGCUGACGAUCUGCUGGAGAACGUUUCUAAAUCUCUCCGUCCUUCUCGCGAUCAGCGUGCUGUUCGUAUUCGACAGUUCGACCAUAUUAUCCGGAACGGUUUCUCCCCUUCGACCUCGUGUGAAUAUUGCCUUUCUGUCGGUGAAGAGUGCGUAAUGGAUCGUUCCCGGGAGUACUCGAAAUGUGCUGCCUGCACUCGCCAAGGUCGUGUUUGCCGUCGUGAUUUUCAUACCGAAAAUGAAUGGUCCCUCCUCCGUCGUGCCGAGGAUAAAUUGCAACUGGAUAUCGAAAAGAAUGAUCAGGAGCUGGAUCUCUUGGAGCCUGAGUUGAGCGAACUCCAGGAUCGCCUAGCCGCCUUACAUCAACAGGUGAUGUCGAAGCAAAAACAAUACCAGGAAGCCAUGGCGCGUCAGCGAAGGUUGCGCAAGCAACUGGCUUUCCUAAAGCAAAGGGGUUUCAAGAUGUCUGAGCAUGAUGCAGAGCUCCUGCGCAUCUUGGAUGAGCAAAGUGGCGAACCUCAGCCCCCCGUGGAACUUGUCCAGCUGGCCGCCUCGUCCGAUGAUCCUCCCAAUUUUACCCAAAUGGUGGAGGCGAUUGGUCAGCUUUCGCCUUCCUUCUGGGAGUCGUUUGACCCCGCUGUUGGUGGUAUCGCUGAACCAACCGGUGGCACCCCAUCAAGUUCUCGAUAG